AUGGGCGCAGGGAAGGUCUAGAGGAGGUGGUGCUUCGGUUCUCGGUUCUCUGACUGGCAGUUCGUUGCCGUUGCUUGGCAGCCUUAGCAGAAAUCCCCAGGACGAGACUAUAAAGAGAGAACAAGGAAAGCGUGUGUAUGACUGUAUCGGGGCUGCAGUGGAAGCUUUUUAUAAUAAUAAUAAUAAUAAUAAUAAUAAAAACGGAACCAUUAUCCGGCGCUUUUAUUUAGUCCUACAUCGUUAAAAAUUGUAAUUUUGUUCAUAAGAAGAAAUAGGAGGCUGUAUAAUUUGAAUCGACAUCAUAAUUUCCCGUUUUUACCGUUUUUAUUCUGGUUUAAAAAUCUAUAAUACUAUGGACUCUAGUCAAGACUGAUAUGUAAGGGAUUGUGGUGUAUGUUUUUUUUUUUUUAAUUAUAAUUUUUAUUUGUAAUUUGUAUUAGCUAAACUGCGGUUUCAGAAGAAGUGAGAAUAAUUAACCUGGUCGGUUUCUUUGGAAUGUAUCUCUUACUUUCAAAUACCAGACGCUACACAGCAGAAAAAGGAGAUUAAUUUUUUUCGUUGCACCAAAUCUCACAAUGUAUUUUGUCUUGGCUAAAAUGCUGUAGCUACUUACAGUCUUCCCGAAACAUUUACUUUAAGAAAAAAGAGUAAAAAUGAUAGGAGUGUACUGAUAUUUUUUUUGGAAACGUUUAAUGAUAUGGAUGUGUCUAUUUCUACCAGCCGAAGGAGCACCAAGCAUUUUUUUCCCCAGUAAGGAGGAAGACGACAUUUGGAGUAACUAACAACUGCAGAAAGUAGAACUGAGUUGUAUUUUUUGUUCUUACUGAGUGGAAAAAUGGAGAACGAAGUCUUUUCUCCACUCCUUGAGCAGUUUGUGCUCACCCCACUAGUGACAUGGGUGAAGACUUUUGGACCUUUGGGUGGAAAAGAUGGUGGGCAACUUGCCGAAUACAUUGAAUUAGUGGAUGGCAUCUAUUUAAAUGAGAUAAUGCUUCAGAUUAAUCCUAAAGCAACUGUCCAAAGAACAAACAAGAAGGUGAACAAUGAUGUGACACUCAGGAUACAAAAUCUAUCCAUUUUGGUACGGCAGAUCAAAUCAUAUUACCAGGAGACUUUACAGCAGUUAAUCAUGAUGCCCCUUCCAAAUGUCCUGGUGUUGGGUAGAAAUCCUCUCUCUGAACAAGGUCUGGAUGAAAUGAAGAAAUGUCUGUUACUUUUGCUUGGUUGUGCAGUUCAGUGUGAGAAAAAGGAAGAAUUCAUUGAGAAAAUCCAAACCUUAGAUUUUGACACAAAAGCUGCAAUUGCAUCCCACAUUCAAGAGGUGACUCACAAUCAGGAGAAUGUGUUUGACCUACAGUGGAUGGAUGUUGCUGAUUUGUCCCAGGAGGACCUUGACUCUCUGUCCAGGAACAUGGCAUUACAUCUAAAACGAAUUGUUGAUGAGAGGGAUGAAUAUUCAGAGACAAUUGUAGAACUUUCCCAGGAACAGGAAUGUGGGCAUUUUUCACCCAAUGCACCAGCGGCACAGUCACCCAAUGGAUCACCAAGCAUGCGUCGCACAGAAAGCAGACAACACUUGUCAGUGGAGCUAGCAGACGCCAAGGCAAAAAUAAGAAGGCUUAGGCAAGAACUGGAAGAGAAGAGUGAGCAGCUGCUAGACUGUAGGCAAGAGCUGGAGCACAUGGAAACAGAGCUGAAACGGAUUCAGCAAGAGAGUAUGCUGUUGCUGGCAGAUGCCCGUUCAGCCAGAGCGUAUCGUGAUGAGCUGGAUGCUCUCAGAGAAAAGGCAAUUAGAGUUGACAAGCUUGAAAGUGAAGUCAGCCGGUACAAAGAAAGAUUACAUGACAUUGAAUUUUACAAAGCCAGAGUUGAGGAAUUAAAGGAAGAUAACCAAGUUCUAUUGGAAACAAAGAUCAUGUUGGAGGAUCAACUAGAAGGAUCUCGAGCCCGUUCUGACAAACUGCAUGAGCUAGAGAAAGAAAAUCUACAAGUGAAGGCAAAAAUACAUGACUUGGAGAUGGAACGUGAUAUUGACAGAAAGAAAAUCAAGGACCUGUCAGAAGAAAACCUGGCACUGGAAAUGGCUCAAAAACAGAGUAUGGAUGAAUCAUUGCAUCUUGGCUGGGAAUUAGAGCAGCUUUCCAAGACCACUGAGCGCUCAGAAGUGCCUCAAAAAUCAUUGGGUCAUGAAGUUAGUGAAUUGACUUCAAGCCGAUUGCUUAAGCUGGAAAUGGAAAACCAGAGUCUUUUAAAAACGGUUGAAAACCUUAGAACUACAACGGAUCCUUCAGAAGACAGUAACCCGAGGUUCCUGAAAAUGGAAAAAGAAAAUCUGAGAUUAAGCAAAAAGUUGGAAAGGCUUGAGAAUGAAAUGAGCAUCGAGAAGCAAAGCCUGAUAAAUGUAGAAAAUUUGAGCCACGAUCUGAUGAAAGAGAAAGCUCAACUUGAAAAGACUAUUGAGACCCUUGGAGAAAACUCUGAAAGACAGGUGAAAAUAUUGGAGCAAGAAAAUGAACACUUAAAUCAAACCAUAUCCUCCUUAAGACAACGCUCCCAAAUAAGUGCAGAGGCAAGAGUAAAGGACAUUGAAAAAGAGAACAAAAUCCUGCAUGAGUCAAUUAAAGAAACUAGCAGCAAGCUAAACAAGAUGGAGUUUGAAAGGAAACAGCUUCGAAAGGAGCUUGAACAUUAUAAAGAAAAGGGAGAAAGGGCUGAAGAGCUGGAGAAAGAGGUGCAUCGUCUGGAGCGGGAAAGUGAACAGCUUCAGAAAAAAAUUACAGGCCUAACUAUCACCUGCGAUAAAGUGGAGCCAUUGGAGCAAGAAAACUUAAAUUUAGAGGUUGAGAACAGAAAGUUAAAGAAGAAACUGGACAGCUUGAACAAUCUCAGCUUUCAGUUAGAGACGCUGGAGAAAGAAAACACACAGCUUGAUGAAGAAAAUUUAGCUCUAAGAAGAACAGUAGAGUCAUUAAAGUCAUCCUGCAUCAAGGUGGCACAGCUGGAACUGGAAAACAAAGAGCUGGAAAAAGAAAAAUGGCAGUUGAAGAAAAGCCUGGAUCAGAUGAAAGCAUCUUCUAAGAAAACAGAGCGCUUGGAGGUCAGCUGUCAAGGGCUCGAUACAGAAAACCAAAUGCUCCAAAAGGCACUGGAGAACAGCAACAAAAAGAUCCAGCAGCUUGAAAGUGAACUAAAGGAGGUGGAGACUGAAAACCAAAGCUUGCAAAAAAGCCUGGAGGAGCUCAAAAUUUCUAGCAAACGCUUAGAGCAAUUAGAAAAAGAGAAUAAGAUACUGGAGCAAGAAACUUUGCAGCUGGAAAAAGACAAAAAACAACUGGAGAAGGAGAACAAGAGGCUUCGACAGCAGGCUGAGAUCAGAGACGUCACAAUUGAUGAAAACAACAUGAGAAUUGUCAACCUGGAGAAAGAUAAUAAGUCACUCAAUAAAGAAAUGAAUGUUUUCAAAGACUCAUGCGGACGAGUCAAAGACCUGGAAAAGGAAAACAAAGAGCUUGUAAAACAGGCCACAAUAGAUAAAAAGACUCUAGUAACAUUACGAGAGGAGCUGGUGAGUGAGAAACUGAAGGCUCAACAAAUGAAUAAUGAUCUUGAAAAACUGACACAUGAGCUGGAAAAAAUAGGAUUAAACAAAGAGGGACUCUUAGAUGAUGAGCAAAGUACAGAAGACAGUAGAUACAAGCUGCUGGAGUCUAAACUUGAAUCCACAUUGAAAAAGUCUCUUGAGAUAAAAUUAGAAAAGAUUGCUGCCCUUGAAGCUCGCUUGCAGGAAUCUUCAAACCUGAACCAGCAGCUUCGCCAGGAACUCAAAACCGUUAAAAAGAACUAUGAAGCACUUAAGCAGAGAGAGGAAGAGGAACAUAUGAUGCAGAGCUCUCCACCCAGAGCGGGUGAAGAAACCCCGACUGUCAGUAAAUGGGAGGAGAGUCAUGAAGCCACUCGGGAGCUUCUAAAGGUCAAAGACAGGCUAAUUGAGGUGGAAAGGAAUAAUGCUACACUCCAGGCAGAAAAACAGGCCCUGUGGACACAGCUAAAACAGUUGGAGAGCCAGAGUGAUAAUCUACUGGCACAGAUCCUAGCACUCCAGAGACAAACAGCCACUUUACAAGAGCACAACACUACGUUACAGACACAGAGUGCUAAACUUCAGGUGGAGAAUUCAACUCUAAAUUCACAAAGUGCAUCACUGAUGACCCAGAACUCACAACUUCAGUUUCAGCACUCCACCAUUGAAAGUGAUAACGAAUCCCUAAUCAAAGAAAAAGAAGAGCUAAAAUCCAUGUAUGACUUGCUAGUAAAAGAUCACGAGAAACUAGCAGCCCUCCAUGAACACCAGGCAGCAGAGUAUGAAUCGCUCAUCAAUAAACAUGGCAGCCUUAAAUCGGUCCACAGAAACCUAGAAGUGGAGCACAAGGACCUUGCGGACAGGUACAAUCACCUACUCAAGCAAAAGGCCCAGUUAGAAGAGCUGGAGAAAGUCUUGAAAGCAGAGCAGGAGAACAUGCUCUUAGAAAAGAAGAGCCAUGAAACUACAUCUGCAGAGUAUCAGAACCUGCGUGAUGAAAACGACAAGCUGAAUCAAACAUACUGCCAAUUACUGAAAGAGAAUGAAGGACUGCAGGCUGACCACAAGAAUAUCAAAGGUUUGCUGAAUAGCGCAACGCUUGAGCAAACCCGGCUGGAAGCAGAAUUUUCCAAGUUAAAGGAACAGUAUCAGCAGCUAGAUAUUACAUACACGAAACUGAACAAUCAGUGUGAGUUGCUGAGUCAGCUAAAGGGAAAUCUGGAAGAAGAAAACAGACAUCUAUUAGAUCAAAUCCAGACCUUGAUGCUUCAGAAUAGAACCCUGCUGGAGCAAACUAUGGAAAGCAAGGAUCUGUUCCAUGUUGAACAGAGACAGUACAUAGACAAGCUGAAUGAGCUCAGGAGGCAGAAGGAGAAGCUGGAAGAGAAGAUCAUGGACCAGUAUAAAUUUUAUGAACCUUCUCCACCAAGGAGAAGGGGUAACUGGAUCACCCUGAAGAUGAAAAAAUUGAUAAAACCCAAAAACCGUGAACGUAUUAAGUCUCUGACCCUCACACCGUCACAGUCUGAAUCAAGUGACGGAUUCCUGAACUUACCCCAGCAAGACAGUCAGGAUAGCUCCUCAGUGGGAUCUGGCUCUAAUUCCCUUGAUGAUAGCCUGUCUUUUGGGAAUAAGAAGAGCAGCCUGGCUGCACUGAAAAGGUUGCCCUUUAUGAGGAACAGACCGAAGGAAAAAGACAAAAUGAAGGCCAUCUACCGUCGUUCCAUGUCCAUGAAUGACCUGUUGCAAACCAUGGUCCAGGCAGGAAGACAGUGGACAGAUAGUUCUGAGAAUCUGGAUGAGCCUGAUGUUGCUGCUGCCAGGCUGAGGAGGAAAGAACUGGGAGCUAUGGCCUACUCCACAACAGCAAUCAACUGUGCUACACUGAACCCUUCUGCUGGCUUCAGAUCCAAGCCCAGGCAUAAGUCGAAAGACAAUGCAUCUUGUGAAGAUGUUGCUCCUCAGGUCACAGAUGAAUCUAGUCAUGGUUUAAGAAUUCGUGCUUCCAGACCAGUCAGCUCUGAUAGUUGCAAGACAACCAGCAGUAACAGCAAUAAUAAUGCUUUGUCUAAUGAUGCUAAAGCAAGUGCACUAAAUGGCGGCCACAGCAGUCCCCAUAGUCAAAGCAGCUGUGAAUUUAGUCUGAGCCUUGAUAAUGAAGUGUGGUCAAGCAGCAGCAGUCCUGUCCAGCAGACUGGUCAGCUUUCUCAGAGAUCUUCAAAACAGAGUCCUCUACUCGUUCAGAAAACAUUGGACGUUCCAUCUCAGCAGAAAAGAAAAUCUGCUUCCCCUGGAAGUGAGGUUGUCUCUUUGCAACAGUUUUUGGAAGAGAGCAACGUGCAUUCACCAAUAAAUUCUGGUAGCCAGGAGAACCUUGUGGAUGAGACCAUGAGGCAGGUCAGUGAUUCUUCAGAACCAGCAGGAACAGUGAAGGCACCCAGGAACUCCUGUAGCAGCCGCGGAAUUUUGAGAUCAUCAAGCGACAGAACCACGGUGGAUUUCACAGGUGGCAGGCCUCCCAAACCUGGACAGACAGUCAGACCUAGCCUUAGAAAGGCAGAAAGCACACGUAUUAAAAGUACAGCUGUUAGACCUACAUUAAGCGCUCAGGGAAAAGUCACAUCUCUUGCUGAAAAGUUAGACACUGUGAAGCCGCAACUGACACAGAGAGAUUGCAGCAUCUUUUCUACCUUACCCCGUGCCAGCAGUGUGAUCUCGACGGCUGAAGGCUCCACCAGGAGGACAAGCAUUCAUGACUUUAUGUCCAAAGACACUAGAAAACCAGUAUCUGUUGAUCCUUCCCCAACUAAGGCUACUAAUAGAAGCAACCAACAAGCAACCAGUGAGUACCACUUAGACCGCCAUCUCCAGUUCCCUCAUCAUGUACCUUACCAAAACCCUUCAGAGCCAAUUCUGCAGAAAUGCAGCCAAUCCACUUCCCUUGGUCGUGGUCAUUCUCCAGUUAUUGAAGGAGCAUAUACAGGGAAUAGAGGUCAAAAAGCAUCAAGUUCUAAAUCAUUCAUAGGUUCAACUUUCACAGUUGAUUCUGUGUUCAUUGACUCUGUAGAGCCACACAGUGACAGCGUAGCUUCCUUCAUCACUACCAGUGCAAGUCAGCCAUUCUUAUCUUUAAACACAUCCUUAGUUAGUAACAUAAGUGGUCUGCCGCUAAGGGCCACUCCAAGGCCUACUGACAUAACUUUUGUGUCACCUGUUAAAGCAGUGCUGAACGAGUAUAGUGUACAUGAUUCUAGCCUUGAGAAUACCCUCCCCACUGGUGAGCCUACUAAUGCAGAACAUGUCAACAUUAACAAUGAGUCUGGGUCACCGUCAUUAACUUCUGAAGACAACCAGUCCCUGUGGUAUGAGUAUGGCUGUGUUUGAACCACACAAUGUGUAUUUACAGGAAAUUGUAGACACCUUGAACUUUAUAUAGCCGUACAUGUUAAAGCAAAAUAUCGUUAUGUAGGCUUAUACUCAAGGUAUUGCUCACCACAUUGCAUGCUUUCUAAAUGAUUUUCAAGACUUGUAAUUGUUAAUAUUCGUAUUACUUUUUGCACUAUUGUCAAAAGUUUUUUGGAUGUUUGUUUUGCAAUAUACAGUAUCAGCUAAUAUAGCUCCAUAGAUUAUGCUUAUUAAACACAGGACUUUGGGGUUACCAAUGCAUGUGCAGUAGACACUUUCAUACUAAAGGUUUAAAAUUACAAUUUUUUAAACCAUAAACUGCUUAUAUGUAAAAAAUAUAUAUAUAUUUAUGACUUGUAAAACAUUUUUGAGGGAUAUGUUUAAAGAUCUAUAAAAUGCUGAACGAUAGACAAGUGACAAAUCACUUUUAAAGUCUAAUUACUUACAUAAUAGAAAAGUUGAAAAUGUUAAGGUUGCAUAUAAGAAACUAAGUAACAGGUAUUGUUAAUAUAAUCCACAUAACAUAUGCACAAAGCCAUUUUCUAUUUCAAGCUUUGGUCUAAGUCAAAAAAUGUAAAUCUGUAAAUGAAUCCAAAGCUUCACCAAAUGCCUUAUACUAUCUGAUCCCACAAAUAAUGACUAAAAUAAACAGUAAAGAUACAUGUACUGUGUGGUUUUUAUCUAAAUAGAAAAGCAGUGUUUAUAGUUUAACAUUACUGGUACAUAGGUUACAUAAAUGAUGUAGUUCAGUUUCAGAUAAUCUUUAGUUUAUAAGAAGUAAAAGAAAUAUAAAAGACAGCAAACAUGUAACUAACCAGAUUUUCCAAGUUUUAUUCAUCUAAAACCAAAAACCUUUGAAACUUGACAGAUGAUUUAUACUUCAUAAUAGCAUUCAGAUAUAUUUUUAAUUUAGUAUUUCCCUAUUAAAAGUAAUAGUAUGUGCUAAAUCUAUAUGAAAACACACAUAUUCUGAUAUGCAGUGGAUGUAUUACUGAAAGUCUUAAUUGUGUGAAGAUAUGUAGAUGUGUGACACUGUUUUGCAUGUUUUAUUUUCUGCAUGAAUAUAUAACUUUUGUCUUUUUUAUGUAAAUUCUGAGUUACUGUUUUGAUUCUUUAGAUCAAAUCAGUUUAUGUGUGGGAACAACAUGCACUGUGAUAUGAAAAAUCAGUAGCAUUGAAUGUUGUAUGUUAAAAAUGUAUGUUGAUAUGCAUAAAACAAAUUUUAUGUUGCUAUUUUCUGUGCAAACUUGGCUUUGGAAGUUUCCUUGCAUUUAGGUACAUGAUAGUAUUUACAGUUAGAAAAACAUGCCAGUAACUGAACAACAUAACUUAUGUAAGUUACAACAGAGCACAAGUUAUGUAAUUGUGCAGUAAUUUGUCUAUUACUGUAUUGAUUAUGUAUGGUGCAGAUUAAUAUCAAUCUCAUUGUAUUCAGAAAUAAUAUGAAAUGCCUUUCUUCUGCAGAUGUGAAAAUUUUACAAGAGCACAGAAAAUCAAAAAGCAGAACUGGGGAGCAACAUAGCUCCUAAACAUAGCCACCUACCACCGACAAAGUGGGCUAAGUGGUGAGUGUCCUGCCCAAAGUAUAAAUGCAGAAAAUCCUAUUUAACAAACUAACAACAUUGCAUAUAUUCUGUAAUUGUGCGUUAUAACAAAUAAGUGCAUAUCUGCUUGCUUUUGAAUUGUUUGUUUUGCAUAUAUUCAAGUAAUGCCAAACCGCAUUACUGCAUCUUCAUCUGCAUGCCUGGGCAGGAGACUUACAUUUCUGCUUAGUGCACAAAUGUACAUUAUCUUGACAAAUGCAGUGCAUUAAACACCACAACACUUUCAUGUUAUUUUUGGUUAAUUUCUAAGUAAAUGUAUUAA